UCAUUAUAUUUUAUAUGUUUUACCAGAAAUCAUCAGCAGUCGUCUUGUGAUUUGAUUAACCAUGGCUCCUAAAUGUUGAACAGAGAGAGACACAAAAAGAGCAAGAAUUGAAAAGUCUGUACUGAGUGUGCUAAGUAUGAGGUCAUGUAAACUAUCAAUGAACCACUUACACAGUUGAAAUGGGCAUACCCAGAUUCACAUGCCCCGCCCAGGCUUGGAGGAGUAACAGGAGAACGUCUGCUUACCUUAUUUAUCUAAGCAUGGACAACGCGGGGAGAAAAGUGGCGGUCUGUGACAAUGGGACAGGGUUUGUCAAGUGCGGCUUUGCUGGAUCCAACUUCCCUGAUCACAUCUUCCCAGCAAUGGUGGGUCGACCAAUCAUACGAUCCAACACCAAAGUGGGCAACAUUGAAAUAAAGGACCUGAUGGUGGGUGAUGAGGCAAGUGAAUGUCGCUCCAUGUUGGAGGUGUCUUAUCCCAUGGAGAACGGCAUGGUGCGCUGCUGGGAUGACAUGCUCCACUUGUGGGACCACACCUUUGGCCCUGACCGUCUUGACCUCGACCCAAAAGAGUGCAAGAUCUUACUGACCGAGCCGCCCAUGAAUCCCAACAAGAACCGAGAGAAGAUAACAGAGGUCAUGUUUGAGAAGUACCAGUUCCACAGCAUUUAUGUUGCAAUUCAAGCUGUGCUGACUCUGUAUGCUCAAGGUUUGCUGACGGGUGUAGUCAUCGACUCAGGGGACGGUGUCACCCACAUCUGUCCGGUGUAUGAGGGCUACUCUUUACCCCACCUCACACGCAGGCUGGACAUUGCAGGACGUGACAUCACACGCUACCUCAUAAAACUCCUGCUUCUCCGGGGUUACGCCUUCAACCACACUGCCGACUUUGAAACAGUGCGUAUACUAAAGGAGAAGCUCUGCUAUGUUGGGUAUAACAUUGAUCAGGAACAACGCCUGGCAACAGAGACUACCUACCUGGUGGAGUCGUUCACGCUUCCAGAUGGCCGGCAGGUGAAAGUGGGUGGUGAGAGGUUUGGGGCCCCUGAAGCUCUCUUCCAGCCUCAUCUCAUCAACAUUGAGGGGGCAGGAGUGGCUGAGCUGCUGUUUAACACCAUCCAAGCAGCAGACAUUGACCUCAGGGCAGACUUCUAUAAGCACAUUGUUCUGUCAGGAGGGAGCACCAUGUACCCCGGCCUUCCAUCAAGGCUGGAGAGAGAGAUCAAGCAGCUCUACCUGGAGAGAGUGCUGGACGGAGACACAAAGAAGCUAUCGAAGUUCAAGAUCCGCAUCGAGGACCCUCCCAGGCGUAAACACAUGGUGUUCCUGGGCGGAGCCGUGCUCGCCAACAUCAUGAAAGACAAAGACUCCUUCUGGAUAUCGAGGGCAGAGUACGAGGAGAAAGGCCUGGGCGUGCUGCAGAAACUGGGAGGUGGAAUCAGAUAAGAUGAAAAACAUUACGCAGAUUUUAUAUUUUUAACACUUUUGGAUCAACUUCCUGUCUCCCACUUCCUGGGAUAAAAGUUGAUGGCUAAUUUACGCUCUCUGAUGCUUUCUAUUACAAUCAUAGCUGACUGACAAAAAAUGUAAAAAGUGGUAAAUUAGUUCAAUUAUAAAGCGUAAAGUUUACAUUUCUGCUAUAAAUUCCUGUUUGUUCCACACACAUUGAACCUUUACAGUAUUUGGACCCCUGAAACUUUUUAGAGGUUUGAAUUCAGUAUGAAAGCAAACCAACUAUGUUACUUUCUUAUGUGCCAUUUAUAUAUGGGUCUAGAUUCAUCCUCUGAAAAGGCUCAUACGUUGAUUAAAAAUGUUUUAACAUUGUGGUUUUAUUUUGUCUGAAUACCAAAACAGUACAGUGCCAGUUGUUUCUGUGCCUCAAAUAAAGGCCUCCUUCAAACAAA